CCGCACGGUCAAAUUUUAACGACGGUCACGGAAGUGAUCCACUCCCCGCCAGUAAUGUUUUGAAGCGUUGGCUAUUAUGGCUGUGCCAGUCAGUAUAGGAGCGUUUUUACAGUCGGAGAUCAUAGAGGACCCUCUCUACAAAGAUGAGGGUGUUUGUGUUUUGGGAAUAUUUGGUAAAAGCGCAAUGCAACCCGGAUCAAUCAAAGAAUCAAUCGUCAACACCCUGGCUGACAAGCACAUUUUCUCUCUGUUCGGGCUUGGUGACGCGGAUAAUCAGGACAGUGAAGCCGUGAUUCAGGUGUAUUAUAAUCAAGAAAGUCGUGUUUUAUACCUCGUGCUGACUUCAGUGUUUGAUAAUAGACAGCUUCUCAAAGCAUGUGAGUCUUUGUGCGCGGGUGUCGGACACGCAGAGGCUCAUGAGUUCUGGAAGGUUGCUGAGAAGCAACACUGCAUGCUGUUGCUGUACCUCUUUUCGCUGUGCCAUGUUCUUCUGUUGGUACACCCAACAUGCUCAUUUGAUGUGACUUAUGACAGACUGUUCCGCGGUUUGGAUGCCCUUCGUCAAAAAGUACUACCACUGCUCCGGGCUACUUUGAAAGACACGUCUGUAUCAAAAGAAUGGAAGAUGAACUGCCGCCCCUGUCCGCCUCGUUUGUUAUUCGUUUUUCAAAUGAAUGGUACAAUCAGAGUCGGUGGUUCCGGAAGUGGUGGGAACGGCGCUGAUGGUUCUGGAGGAAACUCGGAAAAACCCAAAAAGCAUUCUCCGCGAAGACGUCUGCAGCACGCACUUGAGGAUCAAAUUUACAGAAUUUUUCGUAAAAGUCGGGUCCUCACCAAUCAAAGCAGCAACUGUCUCUUUACAGUACCAGCUAACCAGGCGUUUGUGUACGUGGUUCCUGGACCCGACGAGGAUCCAGUUGGUUCGCUGCUCGUACAGUUGCGCUCCAACUGCGCCUUGCGGGAAAAUGACACAAGUGUUCCAGUGCCAGGUCAAAGGCGCUACAACCAGAUGCGCCACUCGUCUAGACAGCCGUCUUUUAAUGUGGAGAACAGCAACCUCUCCUCAGGAGGUCAGCUCGUGGAUUGCACUUUGAAGGAGUUUUUAUGGCAGCAUGUGGAGUUGGUGUUGACCAAGAAAGGCUUUGACGACAGUGUAGGUCGCAAUCCCCAGCCCUCGCAUUUUGAGUUGCCCACUUACUCCAAAUGGGCUCAAGUGGCAUACAGACUUCACCAGGUGAUGAUCACCAACACAGAGGAGGAAAUGGCUGAGGUCGCCAUCAAAGUCCAGGCACAGCCGAAGGUGUUGGAGGGCUUCCUGGACGCUGACGCCAAGUUCUCAGAGAACCGCUGCCAGAAGGCUCUUCCUCUGGCCCACAGCGCUUACCAGUCCAACCUCCCUCACAACUACACUACCACGGUCCACAAAAACCAGCUUGCCCUAGCCCUGCGUGUCUACAGUCAGCAUGCCCGCGGAAUUGCCUUCCAACGCUAUGCCAUUCAGCUGCAUGAAGACUGCUAUAAGUUCUGGAGCAAUGGCCACCAGCUCUGUGAAGAGCGCAGCCUCACUGACCAGCACUGUGUGCACAAGUUUCAUCUCCUGCCCAAGUCAGGAGAAAAGCCAGAGUUGGACCACAACCCUCCGAUCAUGCAACACAACAGCAGAGGCCGCUCCACCAGCUCCUGUAACUGUGGGAGGAAGCAGGCCCCUCGGGAAGACCCCUUUGAUAUUCAGGGGGCCAACUAUGACUUCUACCAGAUGCUAGAGGAGAAAUGCUGUGGUAAGCUGGAGCGCAUCCAGUUCCCAGUGUUCCAGGCCAGCACCCCUGAUCCAGCCCCAGCCCCAGCCUGCGACGACGCCAUCAGGACCCCUGAGCCAGCGCCACCUGCAGGAGUGGAGGUCGAGAAUUUGAAGGAAAAAGAAGGCGGUGUGACCCACACGCCCGGCGACAGCACCAGCCUCAGCCUGGCUCUCAGCCUGGGCCAGUCCACCGACAGCCUGGGGCCUUACGGGGACGGAGGGGAGGGCCAGGAGAAGCGGCCCAGCCUGGUGGACCGGCAGCACUCCACCGUGGAGUACCUGCCAGGCAUGCUACACUCGGGCUGCCCCAAGGGCCUGCUGCCAAAGUUCUCCAGCUGGUCUCUGGUGAAACUGGGACCGGCGAAGUCGUACAACCCCCACUCGGGCCUGGAGCAGCCGGGGUUCCUGCCCGGCUCCAACUUCCUCCUGCCCUGGGACGUGGUGAUCCGGUGCCGCUCGGAGGACGACGUGGGCGCGGCGGAGCCUCUGGACGGAAACUCCUCCUCCUGGCCGGCCCCCAACAAGGCGCUCACCGGGAAGCGGGGCGGCGCGGGGUACCUCUGGCGCGGUCGGCGCCGGGACGACGUCGCUCGGGCCUUCGUGGGGUUUGAGUACGAGGACAGCCGCGGGCGGAGGUUCCUUAGCUCGGCGCCGGAUAAGGUGGUGAAGGUGCUGGGUCCCGGCGGGGCCAAAGAGCCCGCCACCAGGGCACUGAACUCAGACAUGCCCCUCUAUAUCCCCUCACCCACACAGGGCAGGGGUAUCAAACCCCACUACGCCCAGCUGGCGCGCCUCUUCGUCGUGGUGCCCGACGCCCCUCUGGAGCUCAUCCUCAGCCCUAAGGUGCAGCCAGGAUCGCUCCCGUGUCCCUCGUUCCACCCGGAGAAGCCGGAGGUGGUGCUGUCCCCGGACAGCGUGUGGGUCCUGCGCUUCCCUUACUCCUACAUGACGGACCGCGGGCCCUGCUACCCGCCCAAGGAGAACCAGCCUCUGGCCAGCUACAGGGUGCUGAGGGGCAUCCUCCGCGCCAGCACAGCCAGUCUCCCACCUCAGUGAGCCUGGGCUCACACACUCACACACUCACACACUCACACACUCACACACUCACACACUCACACACUCACACACACACACACACACACACACACACACACACACACACACACACGCCUGCUAAUGACUUCACAAUGAUGAGAAACAGGACUGGACUCUUCCGUGGAACCACGGAAACCUGAACGAUGUUGAAUUCUUCAGCCGUAAAGGUCACCUAUGCUAGUGUCUUCCUUAAUUGGACUGAAGAGUGAUGUGGGUGGUAUACCUGGUAUCAUCUCUCUGUAAUGAUUAAGGUUACUGUGGUGGUUUUCCCCUGUCCAGUGGCUUGAGAUUGUCAUGUACUCUUAUACUGAAAUAAUAAUGUCAGAUGAACCCA